UACAUCUCAUCUAUUAGAUAUUUAGUGUUACAAGCAGCGGUAUUGUCCAAUUCCAACUUGUACAAAUCCAUCGAUUCCAUAAUCAAAUCUUUUGGUCCUUUUUCAUCAUCAAAAGCAUUCGUAGAGUUCAUUUCGUUCUCAUAUUGUCAUAUUAAUCGAAGAAAACCGACAAAUAACCAUUUCCAACUCAAAGAUUUUAGAUUCGGCUAUUACUAUUCAACGAAUCAAUUCUUGUGAUUAACUUCAAUUGCACCCCAUAGAAACAGCCCAUAUUUGUUCUGUACACUGUUUACUUCUUGUAUUAUACAUUCGCCUUCUGCAUUACAUUAGGUUCACCAAAGCUAUACAUCGCUUGUCAUAGUUCCUUAUUUCACUAUUGUUAUUAUUCGUUUCACAUAAAGUCAUUAAUCAUAUACAGAUAUUACUCACAUUAAAAUGUCUGAACAAAACUGGAAACAAAACUUGAACCUUCCACAGAGGGAUACAAGACCACAGACCGAAGAUGUCUUGAACACAAAGGGUAAGUCCUUUGAAGACUUCAAUUUAAAGAGAGAAUUGUUGAUGGGCAUUUUUGAGGCGGGAUUCGAGAAGCCUUCGCCCAUUCAAGAAGAAUCCAUCCCAAUGGCUUUGGCAGGAAGAGACGUCUUGGCCAGAGCUAAAAACGGUACUGGUAAGACUGCAUCGUUCAUCAUUCCAUCAUUGCAACAGAUCAAACCCAAGUUAAACAAAAUUCAAGCCUUGAUCUUGGUGCCAACAAGAGAGUUGGCAUUGCAAACAUCCCAAGUUGUGAGAACCUUAGGAAAACAUUUAGGCAUUCAAUGUAUGGUGACCACUGGUGGUACUUCCUUGAAGGAUGACAUCUUGAGAUUGAACGAUCCCGUUCACGUUUUGGUCGGUACUCCUGGUAGAGUUUUGGAUUUGGCUGCCAGAAGCGUUGCCGACUUGUCGGAAUGUCCCUUGUUUGUUAUGGACGAAGCCGAUAAAAUGUUGUCCAGAGAAUUCAAGGGCAUCAUUGAGCAAAUCUUGGAAUUUUUCCCCAAGAACAGACAGUCCUUAUUAUUCUCUGCUACUUUUCCGUUAGCCGUCAAGUCCUUCAUGGACAAGCACUUGAACAAGCCCUACGAGAUUAACCUUAUGGACGAAUUAACGUUGAGAGGUAUCACUCAAUACUACGCAUUUGUUGAAGAAAAGCAGAAGUUGCACUGUUUGAAUACUUUGUUCAGCAAAUUACAAAUCAAUCAGUCUAUUAUCUUCUGUAACUCUACCAACAGAGUUGAAUUGUUGGCCAAAAAGAUCACUGAAUUGGGCUACUCUUGUUACUACUCGCACGCCAAGAUGCCCCAACAGGCAAGAAACAAAGUUUUCCAUGAAUUUAGACAAGGAAAGGUCCGUAACUUGGUCUGCUCUGAUUUAUUGACCAGAGGUAUUGAUAUUCAAGCUGUCAACGUUGUCAUCAACUUUGAUUUCCCAAAGACUGCCGAAACCUAUUUGCAUAGAAUUGGUCGUUCAGGUAGAUUCGGUCACUUGGGUUUGGCCAUUAAUUUGAUGAGUUGGAAUGAUCGUUACUCCUUGUACAAGAUUGAACAAGAAUUGGGUACUGAGAUCAAGCCAAUUCCAGCUACCAUCGACAGAAAGUUGUAUGUUGCUGAUAACGAAGAUGCUAUUCCCAAACCAUUCAAGAUUGAACAGUUGCCAAAAGGUAACGAGAAGGUUCAUACCAGAGCUGGCUAUGAGUACAAAGGCCAGCCUGAAGUUCAAUCGGGCCAGCAACACGCCCAACAACAACUCCAACCUUCACAACAACCCCAACAACAACUCCAGCAACCACAACAACCACAAGCUGCUCCUCAAGGUUACCCACCAGCUUUCAAUGGCUAUCCACCAUACCAGCAAUACCCACCCCAAGCUGGCGGGUACCCUCCACCACAAUUCAACGGCUACCAAGCAGCUCCUGGUCAACAGUAGUUGAAUUAUGAGUUCUAACAUUUUUAUUAUGAUAUUUUUGUUGUUUUACGAUAGGAACGAUCUGCAAAUCCAUGUUUGAAAAUGAAUCCGUUCCAUAAUGGAUCUGAAUACUGGCUGAUCUUUCCUAUCACUAUUCUAAAUUAGAAGAAAGUUGACACACAUGCCUAGUAUGGAGAUAUUGAAGCUACAACAGUUAAUGGCUGCAAUGGCUACAUUUGUAGUGUGUAUUCUUUUUUCUGUUUUUCAUUAGUAACUAGUCAAAUAGAUAGUUCGAUGAGG